AAUUUUCUACCAUGUUUAGAGGGUUGACUCCGAUGAACAAGAAAUGAUAAACAGAAUAAUAAUGCUACCAACGCCAAACAUGUAGUUCUUCUGAAGGAUCUUGACUAGAUGGAUCUGAAACUCCUGAACCGGGAUUGGGAUCAAGAAUCUUACCCAGCUUCUUCUGAUUUCUGGCUCCUCAUCUUCUUUGCUCCCUUCUUCCUUUUUCUUCGCUUAAUCCUCGACAGAUUCAUAUUCGAGAGAGUCGCUAGACGGCUGGUUUGUCCUAGAGAAGAAUGCGCUGAUUCAAGCGAGAGAAGAAAUAAGAUAGCCAAAUUCAAAGAAUCGGCCUGGAAAUGGCUGUGCUCUCUCUCUGUUGAAGCUUUUGCUCUCCACGUCACUUAUAAGGAGCCAUGGUUUAAAGACACAAGAUGCUUCUGGUUGGGACCAGGAGACCAGAUAUGGCCUGACCAAAAGAUAAAGUUGAAAAUGAAGGGAAUGUAUAUGUUUGUUGGAGGGUUAAAUGUAUAUGCCUUUUUUGCUUUGUUCUUUUGGGAAACAAGACCAUCUGAUUUCAAAGUCAUGUUAGUUCAUCACAUUGUAACCUCAUCCCUCAUCAUCUUGUCUUACGUUUUCAGAUUUGCUCGUAUAGGUUCUGUAAUAUUGGCACUUCACGAAAUCAGCGACGUGUUUCUAGAGAUAGGCAAGAUGUGCAAAUACAGCGGCGCAGAAGCCAUAACUAGCGUCUCGUUUGUCUUAUUUUUCUUUUCGUGGACCGUUCUGCGACUCAUCUAUUACCCUUUCUGGAUCCUAUGGAGCACUAGGUUCUCUACGUAUAAAUGGACCUAUAUAUGCAGCUACGAAUCAAUAAAAGUGAAAAUGGAGUACUGGGACAAGAAGCAUUUGAUGGAAACUGGACCAUCCCUUAUGGUCUUCUACUAUGUCUUCAACACACUUCUUUAUUGCUUACAGAUUCUUCACAUCUACUGGUGGAUCUUGAUAUGUCGUGUGCUCAUCAGCCAAAUUCGUGCUAAAGGCAAUAUCGCUAAAGACAUUCGUUCCGAUUCUGAAGGUGAAGAAGAUGAACACCAAGAUUGAUUGUAGACGUCCAAUCAAAUAUUAGCCUUUGCUUAAAAGCUCAUUAGAUAUAUUGCUUAUCCUUUGGGAUUAAGCAUAAGCAAUUCUGAAGAUUGAUUGUAAACUCAUUAGAUUGCUGAUCCUUUGCUUAAACACAACCUAUUGGGGUCACAAUGUUGUUGAGGCCCUAUUUUAAGUCUUAAAUAUGAUUCCUAAACAAAGAUAA